AUGUUUAACGCUGGCGGCAUGGAAAAGCGUCGCCUCCAACGUGCGACCAUGGCCGGCUGGCCUCAGUGCUCCCCGCCUGUUGCAGGCAGCAUUGACAAGGGUUGCGCCGCGGAUGCCGCGGCAUGCGGGAAACUUGACCAGCCAGAAGCAGGGAGUCAGGGGGGGAUGGAGGGCAUGUCGCGUAGGGUGGUGAAUUGCCGCUCGCUUUCCAUGGAGGACAUAUCACGCAUGCGGCUGCGAGGCUGCCGCACAAUGGCGUCGACGACCUCAUCUCUCUUCAUGCAGGAAAUGCAAAGACAACAUCCAGGCACAGGUCACUUCUCCCUGACGAGCCACAUGUUGAUGUCAUCGCUCCGUUCCACGUCUCCACUGCCCCCAGAGACUUGGACAUCGCGAUACCACGAGCAUCAAGAGACGGAUUCUCACUUCCCCCAAAGUGGUGGGCGUGAGUCUGAGGAGCUUUUCUUUGGGGGCUCUGCGUUGCGCUGCAUGACGCAUGAUGGCGAAGAAAACGAGGACGAGGUCCUCAGCGUGGCUCACAACAGUGUGGAGACAGAAACCCUUGAUGCGGGGUCUAGUGCGAUUCACACGCUCACGGCGAAUCGUUUGUUGUCCUUCCGGUUGGAAACCUCCCGGACCCCUGACGUGAAUGCUCCCUUCGUUCAACGGAGAUGCGUCUUUCCCCCCUCAAACUCGCCGUAUCUCAGUAGAAGUUCCUCCCACUGGAACAUGACGCCUGGAAGCCAUGCGUUCUCAACGUGGCGGUUUCCAGUGCUUGGGAGGGCGGAGGCGGAUACUUUUUCCCUCCUUUGCCCUGUUGACCCGAGGGGUGCUGGGGAGGAAGAGGGGGCGAAGGAAGCAAAUGGGAACGAGGGGGAGCAGAGGGGACGAGACAGCGGAGACGCGGGCGGCGGCGGGAUAAUGGAGGAAUGCCAGAAAAAUAUCAAGCAAACAGACACCGCACCUCCUACCGUUUUCAGUCCUGAGGAAGUCAAGGAACAAGUGGCUGUUCCCGUCGUUGUUGAAGGUAAAGAUGAUGGGAAUUCUGCUGUAGGGCAACUCUCCAGGACGGGCCAUCAUGACUACAAGGACGAUGCUGGGGGUUGUUGUUUUUUGGAGCCGCAGCAACAAGGCCAAUACCUGAAGCGUCUACGGUUUGUGUAUGCGUUCUACGAUUUGAUAACCCCCGCCGCAGAGGAUGAGGUGGACACGGUCCUUUCGCGAGAUCCUUCGCAAAGCACUGGCCGUCUUGUACCUCCUCAUGCGGGGCUGCCUUGUCCAUCACUUUCAUCGACAAUGAUGGGAGCACCGCCUGGAUAUUACAGUUUGGGGUCUCGGCGCAGUAUGCAGCACCCAAAUAAGCAGGCCGUUCCUAUUGUGUCGCCGCUGCUUAACGGUUCUUUCCUUCACCAUCAUGGCCAACACCUGAGUAGUCUCACACUUACCAUGGAUCCCCAAAUUGUGUUCCUGAUCGAGCGGCGCCCAUUAUUACAGACGACCCUAUUUGUUGAGUUUACCUAUCGCAAAAUUUAUCAGCAGCAGAAGAGGCAGCAGCAGCAGCAGCAGCAGCAGCAGCCACCUGGGAACAGUGAGGGUCGUUCUGGGAAUGGUCCAACGUGGGCUCCAUUCCUUUUUGGGGGAAUACCAAGUCGGGAAGAGCCUCUUGAAACGGAGUCUAACGCGGCUGCUAGUGUGCCGACCAAUGCAGUAGAAAUUGAGUCGCCGGCGGUUCUGAUUGCAGCAGAUAGCGUAACGCAGUCCAGUCCUACUGCGGGGGAGUUGGGUGAACUUGCGCCGAAACUAGUUCUCUCCUCUGCACCGUUGUUGGGGCAAGAGGAAGAACCAGCCACGGUGCAUCGCCGACCGCUAACGCAGUUGCAUUCCUGGAAGAAGAAGGUUCACACCAUCGAUGGGACGACACGUUGUGUGGAUAAUGAGGAGGAUGACCUUGUCGUUUAUGUAGGCAUGAUUAUCAUGGGAUGGUUAGAAGUGGUGGAUCUUUUGGGCGCGGGAACCUUUGGGCAGGUCUUUCUAUGUAAGGACCUACGUAUCUCGGACGGCCACUUUGUGCACCCAAGCGAGAUUGAAGGGGAGGAUUUUCAAUACUGGCAGUGUUCCCAUGAGUAUAUUCCCUUCAGUGAUCCAUCGCUCAUGCCGACGCACUCCCCGCUUGUAGCCGUCAAGAUUGUGAAGAGCCGAGAGUUGUUUGAGCAACAGUCCAUCCUGGAGGCGGAGAUGCUUGUGUACAUUGGAGCACAGACCGCGCCUCAGCCGACGCGUGGUUUUGGGGUGUUAGAGGGGAGCGCACAUCUUCCCUCCGCGCCGGAGCCUCCGGAGUCGGAUCCUCGCUGCAAGCACGUAGCGCACAUUUUUGCGCAUGGAAUAUGUUACGGUCACCAUUGCAUCGUCAUGGAACGUUAUGGCGCGAAUCUUUUUGAGUACGUGCAGAGCCAUGAUUUCAGAGGACUUCCAAUGUACCAAAUUCAGGAAGUUGGACGCAAAAUAUUGUUGGCGUUAACACUCCUUCAUGAGGAGUGCCACGUAGUGCAUGGCGACAUCAAGCCGGAAAAUGUGCUAUUAACGCUUGAUUCAUGUUUUUCUGCCGCCACUGUCCAUGGAACUGCGGCUGCGAACGCCGGAGGGGGGUGUGGGGUCCAGAAGGGUGGUCUUUCUCGUGGUUCAAGGGCGCCGUCCGAGACAUCUCCCGUGCUCUUGGGCCGCCCAGCGAGGGUUAGCUUCAAACAUAACUUAACCGAUGCCUCGACAUCCAACACAAUGGAGUCUCCGUUGCCGGCUCCAGCUCCAUUCCGCACGUACAAUGGUGGCUCCCUUGACAGAAUCCAGAGCUCACCCUAUGACAAGGAGGCCUUGGGGGAGACUGAGCGAGGUGUGGAGGAGGCGGCUAGAGAGGGGCAGGGUUUUAUUAUUCCCUCCUUAAAUAUCAAGAUUAUUGAUUUUAGCAACAGUUUCUACGUGGGUGCAGGCAUCUACACAUAUGUGCAGUCCCGCUACUACCGAGCUCCGGAGGUGAUUGUUGGUGCUGGCUAUGGUCCCCCAAUUGAUGUCUGGUCGACAGGGUGCCUCCUCGCCGAGUUGCUGCUUGGGCUCCCCCUCUUGCCCGGCAGUUCCGACUAUCACCAGCUUUACCUGAUCGAGGAGAUGCUAGGGCCACUUCCCGCGGAGCUGCUUCUGCGGGGAAAGCAAACCGCUGACUACUACCAUGUCGAGGGUGCACAAGCUGAGGGUGGAAGCCCCGUGGGCGGGGAUUCUCCGCAAGCUGACGAGGCCGUUGUAGAAGAGGGCGCUCCCACUUUUAGGCUCUUCCGGGAGGAAGAAUAUUGUGCUCGUCACGAGGACGCCUCUCCUGUGGAGUGGCGGUGCUACUUUCAGUACCGCACGCUUGCGGAGCUGCUGCGGAACUGCAUGCUUAGCAUGGAGGAAAAACGAAUAGCGCUUGGGAGGCUUCCUACGGUGGCGAUGGGCGAAUCCGCUGAGGAUAUGGCACCGCCAGCAGCGGGACAGCAAAGGUCGACAAAGAACAUCGUUGAUGAGAUGAUGCAGCAAAGAUUUUGGCUGUUCGAUUUGCUGAAAAAGAUGCUUCACGGCGACCCAGCCAGAAGGCCAACGGCUCACGAGGCCCUCUCCCACCCGUUCUUUAUGCACACACCAAAUUACAUGAAACCAUAUCGGUUCGCGGCUGAGUAG